UCUUUUUGCUCGCUCGCCUUUUCGUUUUAUUUUUUUAUUUUUUUAUUAUUAUUAUUAUUAUUUUCGCUCCGCCAUUUCCCUCCGCCUCCUUCGCUCCCACCCUCCUCCCCUCGAGCGAAGCCUUUUUCUAGGGUUUUUGGGGCUCGGCCCUUCUAGGGUUUCAGAGAGCUGGAUUGCGCUGCGUUCUUCAGCAGGAUCUCCAUGAGCCGCUGGUCGAGCGGCUUCGUCGACUAGCCCCCGCCGCCUCCCCCUUCGCUCGGCCUCGUCGAUGCAGGGUUUCGGGCGAUUCUAGGGUUAGGGUUUCGCUAGGGAUUCCGGGAGAGGCGCGGCGCGGCGAUGGCGUCGUGUUCGGGGCCUGGAUGAGGUGAAUAUCGGGGUUCGGGGUGGGGGUCGGGGUUGGGGUUGGAGUCGUUUUAGAUGGCAUUGGGAGAUCUGAUGGCGUCGAGGUACUCGCCGUCGUCUUCUUCGUCGGUGUCUAACCACCUGGAUGAGUUCUCCGGUAGGGAGGACGGCGACGCCGCAUCCUCCUCCGUCUCCGCCGCCGUCGCGCAUCGGAGGGAGCCGUCGGAGGCCGCGGGGCUCCCGGCGGCGGCCGUGGCGGAUGCGGCCGCGAGCUUCGCUUACUUGCCGCAGACCGUUGUCCUUUGUGAGUCCCGGCACGAGGGAUUCGAGAAUUGUGUGGCGUUGGGGCCGCCCGACAACGGAUUGGUCUCGAAGUGGCGGCCCAAGGAUAGGAUGAAGACUGGGUGUGUUGCACUUGUGUUAUGUCUAAAUAUUAGUGUUGAUCCGCCAGAUGUAAUAAAAAUUUCUCCCUGUGCAAGAAUGGAAUGCUGGAUAGAUCCAUUCUCUAUGGCUCCCCCAAAAGCUCUUGAAACAAUUGGAAAAGCCUUGCAUACUCAAUAUGAAAGAUGGCAGCCUAAGGCUCGUUACAAACUUCAACUUGAUCCAACUGUUGAUGAUGUGAAGAAGCUUUGCAGUACUUGCCGCAAAUAUGCGAGGUCAGAGAGAGUCCUCUUUCAUUAUAAUGGGCAUGGAGUGCCAAAGCCUACUGCUAAUGGAGAAAUUUGGGUUUUCAACAAGAGUUAUACGCAAUAUAUACCGUUACAAAUCAGUGAUCUUGAUUCGUGGCUGAAAACUCCUUCUAUAUAUGUCUUUGACUGCUCAGCUGCGGGAAUGAUUAUCAACGCUUUUAUGGAGCGUCUAGAGUGUAAUCCAUCUAGCUCCUCAUCUUCAUCGAAGGACUGCAUUCUGCUUGCUGCCUGCCACGCACACGAAACUCUUCCGCAGAGUGCUGAGUACCCUGCUGAUGUAUUUACGUCCUGUCUCACUACACCUAUUAAAAUGGCAUUGCGAUGGUUCUGUUCUCGUUCAUUGCUUCGUGAUUCCCUUGAUUACUCUCUAAUUGACCAAAUUCCUGGUCGCCAAAAUGACCGGAGGACACUCCUUGGGGAGCUUAACUGGAUUUUCACUGCUGUAACUGACACAAUAGCAUGGAAUGUGCUCCCUCAUGAUCUGUUCCAAAGGCUUUUCAGACAAGAUCUUUUAGUUGCUAGUCUCUUUCGAAAUUUCUUACUUGCUGAGAGAAUUAUGCGAGCUGCAAACUGUUCUCCAAUAUCAUAUCCAGCAAUGCCUUCAACUCACCAGCAUCAUAUGUGGGAUGCAUGGGACAUGGCAGCUGAAAUUUGUCUUUCCAAGCUUCCACAGUUGGUUGCUGAUCCAAAUGCUGAGUUUCAGCCAAGCCCCUUCUUCACUGAGCAAUUGACAGCAUUUGAGGUGUGGCUUGAUCAUGGUUCUGAGCAUAAGAAGCCACCGGAGCAGCUGCCAAUAGUUCUACAGGUUUUACUUAGUCAAUCUCAUCGAUUUCGAGCUCUGGUUCUUCUUGGAAGGUUUCUUGAUAUGGGUCCUUGGGCUGUGGAUCAGGCCUUGUCUGUUGGUAUCUUUCCUUAUGUGCUCAAACUUCUACAAACAACUGCAAUGGAAUUGCGCCAAAUACUUGUGUUCAUCUGGACCAAGAUCCUUGCUCUGGAUAAGUCUUGUCAGGUUGAUUUGGUGAAAGAUGGCGGCCAUGCAUAUUUUAUCAGGUUUCUUGACAGCCUGGAUGCUUUCCCAGAACAGCGGGCAAUGGCUGCUUUUGUUCUAGCAGUGAUCGUAGAUGGACACCGGAGGGGACAGGAAGCAUGUAUUCAAGCAAAUCUAAUAGACGUUUGCUUGAGGCACCUUCAACCUGCAAAUCCUCAUGAUCCACAGUCUGAGCCUCUUCUUCUGCAAUGGCUUUGUCUGUGCCUCGGAAAGCUGUGGGAGGAUUUCCCAGAGGCACAGUUAGUAGGUUUACAAGCGGAUGCACCUGUGAUAAUCCUUCCUUUGUUGUCAGAGCCUCAGCCCGAGGUGAGAGCUUCUGCUGUUUUUGCCCUGGGCACCCUUUUAGAUGUUGGAUCUGUUACAUUUAAAGAUGGACAUGGAGGUGAGGAGGAUUGUGAUGAUGAUGAAAAAGUAAAGGCUGAGCUAAAUAUAGUCCGGAGCCUUCUGCAAUUCACUUCAGAUGGAAGCCCGCUGGUUAGAGCUGAGAUUUGUGCAGCACUUGCCCGUUUUGCCUUUGGUCAUAACAAGCAUUUAAAGUCUAUUGCUGCUGAAUACUGGAAGCCCCAAUCAAACUCUCUACUGACCUCGCUACCUUCGCUGGCUAAUAUUAGUAAUCCAACUAGUGGCUAUCCUAGCCAGUAUAUGCAGAGUGGAACCACCCUUUCCUCCCACAUUGGUCCUGUACUAAGAGUUGGGAGUGAUACCAGCGGUGCUGGCCGAGAUGGAAGAAUAUCAACAAGUAGCCCAAUUGCAUCUACUGGCAUUAUGCAUGGUUCUCCAGCAUCAGAUGAUUCUUCUCAACAUUCUGAUUCUGGCGUCCUAUUGAAGGAAAAUAUAAGCAAUGGUGUCAUCAGUUAUUCUAGAUCAAGGCCACUUGAUAGUCCGCUAUGUCUGCAGUUUAUCUUAGCUAUGUGUAAUAUGGCAAAAGACCCUUCUCCAAGAGUUGCGGGCCUCGCUCGAAGAACUCUCUCUAUUAUAGGCAUUGAAAAAGUGGUUACUAAAACUAUCAGGUUUGGUGGGGGAGCUACACACCAAGGAGAGAUAUCAGCUUCAUCUGCAUCAGCAAACUUUGCUGGAUUGACACGUUCAUCUUCAUGGUUUGACAUGAAUGCUGGUCAUUUGUCAAUGACUUUUAGAACGCCUCCUGUUAGCCCACCUCGUCAAAAUUACCUGACAGGAUUGCGUCGAGUAUGCUCUUUAGAGUUCCGGCCACACCAACUGAAUUCUCCUGAGACAGGCUUGGCUGCUCCACUUCUAGGUUCAGCUGGAUCUUCUGGCAAUUCAGAACACAGUUUACUUCCCCAAUCGGCCAUCUACAACUGGAGUUGUGGCCACUUUUCGAGGCCACUUCUUACGGCAGCUGAUGAUAAUGAAGAAAUCUUGGCUAGGAGAGAGGAAAGAGAAAAAAUUGCUUUCGACUGCAUUGCCAAAUGCCAGCGUUCUACAUGCAAACCAAGUAAUCAAAUUGCUAGCUGGGAUACAAAGUUUGAAAUGGGUACAAAAGCCAUAUUGCUUUUACCCUUUUCACCUAUAGUGGUUGCUGCAGAUGAGAAUGAGCGAAUCAAGGUGUGGAACUAUGAAGAAGGUACAUGUUUGAACAGUUUCGACAAUCAUGAUUUAUCUGACAGAGGAAUUUCUAAAUUAUGCCUUGUAAAUGAGCUUGAUGACAGCUUACUUCUAGUUGGUUCAAGUGAUGGAAAUGUUCGUGUGUGGAAAAAUUACACUGGAAAGGGCAAACAGAAGCUUGUAACGGCAUUUUCUUCCAUCCAAGGCAAUAGGUCCGGUGUUCGCAGUACAAACGCAGUUGUGGAAUGGCAGCAGCAGUCUGGUUAUUUGUAUGCUUCUGGAGAUACCUCAUCUAUUCAGCUUUGGGAUCUAGAAAAGGAACAGCUGCUAAGCUCCAUUUCGUCAUACUCAGAUUGCAAUAUCUCCGCACUGUCUGCCUCGCAAGUCCAUGGGGGUCAAUUCGCAGCUGGUUUCAUGGAUGGUUCUAUCAGGAUAUUUGAUAUCCGUACCCCUGAAAUGCUUAUCUGUAGAGCAAGACCGCAUACUGAGAGAUUGGAGAAAGUGGUAGGAGUAGGCUUUCAACCCGGAUUUGACUCAUCCAAGAUUGUUAGUGCAUCUCAAGCGGGGGACAUCCAGUUCCUGGACAUACGGAACCAAUCCGAGCCAUAUCUCACCAUCAAAGCCCACAGGGGCUCUCUCACAGCAUUGGCUGUUCACCGCCACGCACCAGUUAUUGCGAGUGGCUCAGCCAAGCAGAUAGUCAAAGUCUUCAGCCUCGAAGGGGAACAACUACACUUCAUUCGAUACUACCCAACCUUCAUGGCACAGAGGAUUGGGUCCGUGAGCUGCCUCGCCUUCCAUCCAUACAAAGCACUUCUCGCCAUCGGCACCUCCGAUGCUUGUGUGUCAAUCCAUGCCGACGAUAAUUACCAGGUAAGAUGAAAUGUAAAAAAGGUUUCAGCAUCAGUUCCACUUGGGGGGAAUAUCGGAGGGAAAAGCUCGAAUGUCUUAGCCCAAAAAUGACCCAGCUAGCGUGGCUAUAACAGCGUUGUGGUUGGUGAUUCUAUGCACCUCCGGCGUGCAUGUGGAAUUUGUAUGUCUCUCAAAAUUCAUUAGCCUCUCUUGCAGAAAGGUUGCCACUCUUGCCGACACAUCACUAGGAGGCUUUUACAAAAUAAUUAUACUUAGGUAAAAAGAUGUAAAUAGUUUUCUUUGUAUUUGGGUGGUUAUUUUCUUCUCUUGUACUUUUUUCUUCUUCGUUCAAUUGUAAGAGCUCCAGAUUGUUCAGAUCAUAAGUUCUAGUCGCUUCUUGGGCAAGAGUUUGUUUGUAUUGUUGCUGGAAAAGUUUACUGAUCUCAGAUCAUUGUGUA